AUGGCACAGAGAAGCGGACUUGAAGAUCCAGAGAGGUAUCUCUUUGUGGACAGGGCUGUCAUCUACAACCCUGCCACACAGGCUGAUUGGACGGCGAAAAAGCUGGUGUGGAUUCCCUCCGAACGCCAUGGUUUUGAGGCAGCUAGCAUCAAAGAAGAGCGGGGAGAUGAAGUGACGGUGGAGUUGGCGGAGAAUGGAAAGAAAGCCAUGGUCAACAAAGAUGACAUUCAGAAGAUGAACCCACCUAAGUUUUCCAAGGUGGAGGAUAUGGCAGAAUUGACGUGCUUGAAUGAAGCUUCUGUUUUACAUAAUCUGAAGGAUCGUUACUAUUCAGGUCUUAUCUAUACUUAUUCUGGACUCUUCUGUGUAGUCAUAAAUCCUUACAAGAACCUUCCAAUCUACUCUGAGAAUAUCAUUGAAAUGUACAGAGGGAAGAAACGUCACGAGAUGCCUCCACACAUCUAUGCUAUAUCUGAGUCUGCUUACAGGUGCAUGCUUCAAGAUCGUGAGGACCAGUCAAUUCUUUGCACGGGCGAGUCGGGUGCUGGGAAGACGGAGAACACCAAGAAGGUCAUCCAGUACCUCGCUCACGUCGCCUCCUCACACAAAGGCCGAAAGGACCAUAAUAUUCCUGGGGAACUUGAACGGCAACUUUUGCAAGCCAACCCAAUUCUGGAAUCAUUUGGAAAUGCGAAGACUGUGAAAAAUGAUAACUCAUCUCGUUUUGGCAAAUUUAUUCGGAUCAACUUUGAUGUAACUGGCUAUAUUGUUGGGGCCAACAUUGAAACAUACCUUCUGGAAAAAUCUCGUGCUGUUCGUCAAGCAAAAGAUGAGCGUACUUUUCAUAUCUUUUACCAGCUGCUGUCUGGAGCAGGAGAACACCUAAAGUCUGACUUGCUUCUUGAAGGAUUUAACAACUACAGAUUUCUCUCCAACGGUUAUAUUCCCAUCCCGGGUCAGCAGGACAAAGAUAACUUCCAGGAGACGAUGGAAGCGAUGCAUAUAAUGGGCUUCUCUCAUGAAGAGAUUCUGUCUAUGCUUAAAGUAGUGUCUUCAGUGCUUCAGUUUGGAAAUAUUUCUUUCAAAAAGGAGCGGAACACUGACCAAGCUUCCAUGCCGGAAAAUACAGUUGCCCAGAAGCUGUGCCAUCUUCUUGGGAUGAAUGUGAUGGAGUUCACUCGGGCCAUCCUUACCCCCCGGAUCAAGGUCGGCCGAGACUAUGUGCAGAAAGCCCAGACCAAAGAACAGGCGGACUUUGCAGUGGAAGCAUUGGCAAAAGCUACCUACGAGCGGCUCUUUCGCUGGCUUGUUCACCGGAUCAACAAAGCUCUGGAUAGGACCAAGCGUCAGGGAGCAUCUUUCAUUGGAAUCCUGGACAUUGCUGGAUUUGAAAUUUUUGAGCUGAACUCCUUCGAGCAGCUGUGCAUCAACUACACGAACGAGAAGCUGCAGCAGCUGUUCAACCACACCAUGUUCAUCCUGGAGCAGGAGGAGUACCAGCGCGAGGGCAUCGAGUGGAACUUCAUCGACUUCGGGCUCGACCUGCAGCCGUGCAUCGACCUCAUCGAGAGGCCUGCCAACCCUCCUGGUGUGCUUGCCCUUUUGGAUGAAGAGUGCUGGUUCCCGAAAGCCACAGAUAAAACCUUUGUUGAAAAACUAGUUCAAGAGCAAGGUUCCCACUCCAAGUUUCAGAAACCUCGGCAGCUGAAAGACAAAGCUGACUUUUGCAUCAUACACUAUGCAGGGAAGGUGGACUACAAGGCGGACGAGUGGCUGAUGAAGAACAUGGACCCCCUGAACGACAAUGUGGCCACGCUGCUGCACCAGUCCUCCGACAGAUUCGUGGCCGAGCUCUGGAAGGAUGUGGAUCGUAUUGUGGGCCUGGAUCAAGUUACUGGUAUGACCGAGACAGCUUUUGGCUCUGCCUAUAAAACCAAAAAGGGCAUGUUUCGUACCGUUGGCCAACUCUACAAAGAGUCUCUCACCAAGCUGAUGGCGACUCUCCGCAACACCAACCCCAACUUCGUUCGCUGCAUCAUUCCAAACCACGAGAAGCGGGCGGGGAAACUGGACCCGCACCUCGUGCUGGACCAGCUGCGCUGCAACGGCGUCCUGGAGGGCAUCCGGAUCUGUCGCCAGGGCUUCCCCAACCGGAUCGUGUUCCAGGAGUUCCGGCAGAGAUACGAGAUCCUGACGCCAAAUGCUAUUCCUAAAGGCUUCAUGGAUGGCAAACAGGCUUGUGAACGAAUGAUCCGGGCUUUAGAAUUGGACCCAAAUUUGUACAGAAUUGGACAGAGCAAGAUAUUUUUCCGAGCUGGAGUUUUGGCACAUUUAGAGGAAGAACGGGAUUUAAAAAUUACCGAUAUCAUUAUCUUCUUCCAGGCCGUUUGCAGAGGUUACCUAGCGAGAAAGGCCUUUGCCAAGAAGCAGCAGCAGCUCAGCGCCCUGAAGGUCCUGCAGCGGAACUGCGCCGCGUACCUGAAGCUGCGGCACUGGCAAUGGUGGCGCGUCUUCACGAAGGUGAAGCCGCUCCUGCAAGUCACCCGCCAAGAGGAAGAACUUCAGGCCAAAGAUGAAGAGCUGCUGAAGGUGAAGGAGAAGCAGACCAAGGUGGAAGGGGAGCUGGAGGAGAUGGAGAGGAAGCACCAGCAGCUCUUAGAAGAGAAGAACAUCCUCGCAGAGCAGCUGCAGGCAGAGACUGAGCUCUUUGCUGAAGCAGAAGAGAUGAGAGCCAGACUCGCUGCUAAGAAGCAGGAACUGGAAGAGAUUCUGCAUGACUUGGAGUCGAGGGUGGAAGAAGAAGAAGAAAGAAACCAAAUCCUCCAGAAUGAAAAGAAAAAAAUGCAAGCGCAUAUUCAGGACCUGGAGGAGCAGCUGGACGAGGAAGAAGGGGCUCGGCAGAAGCUGCAGCUGGAGAAGGUGACAGCCGAGGCGAAAAUCAAGAAGAUGGAGGAAGAGAUUCUGCUUCUUGAGGACCAAAACUCCAAGUUUAUCAAAGAAAAGAAACUCAUGGAGGAUCGCAUUGCUGAGUGCUCCUCUCAGCUGGCUGAAGAGGAAGAAAAGGCAAAAAAUUUGGCCAAAAUCAGGAAUAAGCAAGAAGUGAUGAUCUCGGAUUUAGAAGAACGCUUAAAGAAGGAAGAGAAAACCCGUCAGGAGCUGGAAAAGGCCAAGAGGAAACUGGACGGCGAGACGACUGACCUGCAGGACCAGAUCGCCGAGCUGCAGGCCCAGAUCGACGAGCUCAAGGUGCAGCUGGCCAAGAAGGAGGAGGAGCUGCAGGGCGCGCUGGCCAGGGGCGACGACGAGACGCUCCACAAGAACAACGCCCUCAAAGUCGUGCGGGAGCUGCAAGCCCAGAUUGCCGAGCUUCAGGAAGACUUUGAGUCUGAGAAGGCUUCCCGGAACAAGGCAGAGAAGCAGAAAAGGGACCUGAGUGAGGAGCUGGAGGCUCUGAAAACCGAGCUGGAGGACACGCUGGACACCACCGCCGCUCAGCAGGAACUCCGUACAAAACGUGAGCAAGAAGUGGCAGAGCUGAAGAAGGCUCUUGAGGAAGAAACCAAGAACCAUGAAGCUCAGAUCCAGGACGUGCGGCAGAGGCAUGCGUCGGCCCUGGAGGAGCUGUCGGAGCAGCUGGAGCAGGCCAAGCGGUUCAAAGCAAACCUGGAGAAGAACAAGCAGGGCCUGGAGACCGACAACAAGGAGCUGGCAUGUGAGGUGAAGGUGCUGCAGCAGGUCAAGGCCGAGUCUGAGCACAAGCGGAAGAAACUAGACGCCCAGGUCCAGGAGCUCCACGCCAAGGUGUCCGAGGGGGACCGACUCCGCGUGGAACUGGCCGAGAAAGCUAACAAACUGCAGAAUGAGCUGGACAACGUCUCCUCGCUCCUGGAGGAAGCGGAGAAGAAGGGCAUCAAGUUCUCUAAGGACGCAGCCAGUCUUGAGUCUCAGCUCCAGGACACACAGGAGCUUCUUCAGGAAGAAACGCGCCAGAAGCUGAACCUGAGCAGCCGGAUCCGGCAGCUGGAGGAGGAGAAGAACAGCCUGCAGGAGCAGCAGGAGGAGGAGGAGGAGGCCAGGAAGAACCUGGAGAAACAAGUGCUGGCCCUGCAGGCCCAGCUGACUGAUACAAAGAAGAAAGUGGAUGAUGACUUGGGGACGAUUGAAAGCUUGGAAGAGGCCAAAAAGAAGCUGCUGAAAGACGUGGAGGCGCUGAGCCAGCGCCUGGAGGAGAAGGCCUUGGCCUACGACAAGCUGGAGAAGACCAAGAACCGGCUGCAGCAGGAGCUGGACGACCUGAUGGUGGACCUGGACCACCAGCGCCAGAUCGUCUCCAACCUGGAGAAGAAGCAGAAGAAGUUCGACCAGCUGCUGGCGGAAGAGAAAAACGUGUCUGCCCGCUACGCGGAGGAGCGGGAUCGCGCCGAGGCGGAGGCCCGAGAGAAAGAGACCAAGGCCCUGUCCCUGGCCCGCGCCCUCGAGGAGGCCCUGGAGGCCAAGGAAGAGUUCGAGAGGCAGAACAAGCAGCUGCGGGCGGACAUGGAGGACCUGAUGAGCUCCAAGGACGACGUGGGCAAGAACGUUCAUGAACUUGAAAAGUCCAAGCGGGCCCUGGAGCAGCAGGUGGAGGAGAUGAGGACCCAGCUGGAGGAGCUGGAGGACGAGCUCCAGGCAACAGAGGACGCCAAGCUGCGCCUGGAGGUCAACAUGCAGGCCAUGAAGGCCCAGUUCGAGAGGGACCUGCAAACCAGAGAUGAGCAGAACGAGGAGAAGAAGCGGCUGCUGAUUAAGCAGGUGCGGGAGCUGGAGGCAGAGCUGGAGGACGAGCGGAAACAGCGCGCACUUGCUGUUGCUUCAAAGAAGAAAAUGGAAAUAGACCUGAAGGACCUGGAAUCUCAAAUUGAGGCUGCAAACAAAGCUAGGGAUGAAGUCAUCAAGCAGCUUCGUAAACUUCAGGCUCAGAUGAAGGAUUACCAGCGUGAAUUAGAAGAAGCACGAGCCUCCCGGGAUGAGAUUUUUGCUCAAUCCAAAGAGAGUGAAAAGAAACUGAAGAGUCUAGAAGCGGAAAUCCUUCAAUUGCAGGAGGAACUUGCCUCGUCUGAGCGAGCCCGCCGACAUGCUGAGCAGGAGAGGGAUGAGCUGGCAGAUGAGAUCGCCAACAGCGCCUCUGGCAAGUCUGCUCUGCUGGACGAGAAGCGGCGCCUGGAGGCGCGGAUUGCACAGCUGGAGGAGGAGCUGGAGGAGGAGCAGAGCAACAUGGAGCUGCUCAACGACCGCUUCCGCAAGACCACGCUCCAGGUGGACACGCUGAAUGCAGAGCUGGCGGCCGAGCGCAGUGCCGCCCAGAAGAGCGACAAUGCGCGCCAGCAGCUGGAGCGGCAGAACAAGGAGCUGAAGGCCAAGCUGCAGGAGCUGGAGGGAGCUGUCAAGUCCAAGUUUAAGGCCACCAUCUCGGCCCUGGAAGCCAAGAUUGGGCAGCUGGAGGAGCAGCUGGAGCAGGAGGCCAAGGAACGAGCAGCAGCCAACAAACUGGUGCGACGUACGGAGAAGAAACUGAAGGAAAUCUUCAUGCAGGUGGAAGAUGAGCGUCGCCAUGCAGAUCAGUAUAAAGAGCAGAUGGAGAAGGCCAAUGCCAGGAUGAAGCAGCUGAAGCGGCAGCUGGAGGAAGCGGAGGAGGAAGCUACGCGUGCCAAUGCGUCUCGGCGUAAACUCCAGCGGGAACUGGACGAUGCCACCGAGGCCAACGAGGGGCUGAGCCGCGAGGUCAGCACCCUGAAGAGCCGGCUGCGGCGAGGCGGCCCAAUCAGCUUCUCUUCGAGCCGGUCUGGCCGGCGCCAGCUGCACAUCGAAGGGGCUUCCCUGGAGCUGUCAGACGAUGACACCGAAAGUAAGACCAGCGAUGUCAACGAGACACAGCCGCCCCCGUCCGAGUAG